AUGAUUGAUGACAUUCUAGAUAUAGAUUGCCUUGAGAAAAAUAUAUUUUUACAAUCACAUGAAAAUACAAUUACAAUUCCACAGCCUAUAUACUCAGGAAUUGAACAAAAUUCUACCUCUUUUUAUCAAUUUAAAGAUCCAAUUGAAAUCAAUCAUUGCAAUCCAUAUAAUGAUGUACAAGAAUGUACAACUAUUGAAUGUAAUUACAUUAUACCAGCUCCUGAUGUUGUAUUUCAUGAAAUUUGUUAUGAUCUCCCUCCACCAAGAGAAGAUUUACAGCAAAAAUAUGUUUAUAUUCUAAAGAGUGGCAAGGUACUGGAAUUUGAUCAUCCAUUACCGGAAAAUAUCCCAAUUGACGAGCUUUUCAAUUCAGAGACACAUUCAGAAGAAAUUGAGCAUCAUAGAAUUCCAAAAUCAGACAGGUACCUAAUGGCACUUUCUUCAUUAUGCCCAUUCGCAGGCUAUAUAGCAUAUUUCGCUCUUAGAAAAAAGCGUCCAGCUUUUGCAGAAAAACUAAAACUUGCGGGUCUCAUUAAUUUAGUUGUAGUUACCUCCGUAAUUUUAAUUUUUGUGCUAUAA